ACACAGUGGUUUUCGAUGGACUGACAAAAAAACUGAGUAACUUAACUUCAGACUAUGGACGGCAGAUCAAACUUCACCUGAAAAUGCAAUACAAUAUUGAUAAUAUAGAAACUGAAGAUAGCAAGACGUUUGGUGAAUUGAAACAGAAACAAAUCAAUCUAAAGCAGAAGUUGAAUAAUAUGACAAAAGCACAAGACAUUCUUAGAAAUGAUCUAAGAGAAACAGGAAGUAAAUUACAGAAGGAUACGGAACGAACAAUACAAAGUCUACGAAUCGAAUUCGAAGCAGCACGUAGCAAGUUUGAAGCUAACUACAGAACGAGUCAAGACUCACAGAACGAACUAAGAGCAAAUCAUCAAAAUUUACUUCAAACAAUUUCAGAAAUCAAGAACUAUAUGCAAAAACAACCAAAUGCUGGUUAGAAUACUCUAAGAAAGUGUUGGAAUAAACAAUUGUUUAGACUGUUAUCAGUCCAUAUAACAGCUGCAUAA